AUGGACCACUCAAUGCACCACGCUGAUAUGGACAUGCCCGGCCACGGCCAUGGUCACGGCGAUAUGGACAUGGGCGGACAAUGUAAGAUGAAUAUGAUCUUCACCUGGUCCUCGACGGACCUCUGCAUCAUCUUCCGCCAGUGGCACAUCCGAGGUCCCUGGUCACUAUUCUUGUCCCUGCUUGCAAUCGUGUUCUUGACAGCGGGAUACGAAGCCGUUCGACAAAUCACCCGCCGGUACGAGGUGGGACGUGCCCAGCGUCUUCAGGCGUUCUCAGCUACGGUUUCUACGGGUGGCAGGGAUCAUCGGCAGGCUGUUUUGCGGAGAGGCAAGGUGGUUCUGGCGGCGCUCUAUGCGAUCCAGGUGUUUUAUAGUUUCUUUAUUAUGCUGCUUUUCAUGACAUAUAAUGGUUUGGUUAUGCUUGCUGUUGGUGUUGGGGCGUUUGUUGGGUAUCUUGUUUUCGGUGAUGAUGCGCCAGCUACCAAGGUUGUUGCUUGUCACUAA